GUCGUCGCUGUCGUCGUCAACGCAUUCAUCAGCAGCGCACUACCGCGCACACCAUGUUCAAUACUCCGCGCACGGGCAGCUCGCUCACCACCUCGAGCCUGCUCACGCAGCCGCAGGGCGGCUUCGCGGACCCGCUCGCCCCCACCUCGGGCUACAGCGAGGUCGACCCAUGGAGCGGGAGCCAGAGCCCCGUGCGCUCGCCCAGCCCGCGGUCCGGCGUGAGCGGUGAGCCCGAGGCCAACGUAUCGCCCAACCCGAGCAGGGACGCUUAUCUGAACGACCCGCCAUCGCUCUACAUCUCCCUCUUCCGCGGCCUGGAGCCAAGCCACCUCGGCGAGGUAUCUCUACCCGCCGUCCAGCGCCUACUUCUCACUUCGAAACUGCCCGCGUCCACACUUGAGAGGAUCCUCGACUUGACGGCACACAACAAGGUCGCGCUCGACCGGUCCACCUUCUUCCUCGCGCUUGCGCUGGUCGCGCUCGCGCAGAACGAGGGCGGCGAGGUGUCGCUCGAGGCCCUCGACGCGGCACUCGGCACGCUGCCCCUCCCGCAGCUCCAGCGCCCGGGACCUACGCAACCGCAAUCCUCCGUCUCGUCGUCCUUCUCUCCUUGGGACACCGCGCCCCGCUACGCUGUCCCCGGCGCACAGACGCAGACGAACGGGGACGAGCCUCUGAACGGCGGCAACGCCGAGGCUGAGGCCGAGCGCGGCUUCUGGCGCCGCCUUGAGACUGUCGAUGUACAGAUCAUCCCCGAGAAGGAAGGCUGGUUCCUGCAAAAGUACCGCGUGGUGUCCGACAAACGGCCAGAACCCCUCAACCGCCGAUACUCGGACUUUGUGUGGCUUCUGACUACGCUCACGCAGCGCUAUCCGUUCCGCCUCCUGCCUGCGCUGCCGCCGAAGCGGAUCAGCCCCGACGCCUCGUUCCUCGAGCAGCGGCGAAAAGGCCUCCGCCGCUUCCUCAACGCGCUUGUCAACCACCCCGUUAUCCGCGACGACGGCGCGCUCAAUGUCUUCAUGACCGAAAUCAACUUUGAGGCGUGGCGCAAGCGCAUGAAGGUGUCGACAGAAGAAGAAUCCGUGAGCAAGCGUCUCAACCCCGCACAGGAAAUGGUCAUCCCCUCGGACCUGGAGGAGAAGCUCGAUCGCCUUCGCACCCGCCUCCCGGGCCUCAUUGCCUCGUAUCAAAAGAUGGUAACGCUCGCCGAGCGCGAGCUCCACCGCCUGCAGGUCGCCGCGGCCGAGUCUUCGCGCUUCGCGCUUUCGCUGCAGACCGUCGCCGAGGACCUCCCAGCCAGCUGCCACCGCUGUGUGCCAACCGGCCAAUCGUGUGAUCUGUGCACGGCGGUCGGGCGCGGCCUGGGCGAUGUGGGCAACGGGUGGUCGAGCCUGGCCGCGCAGCGCGACAGGGACACUGCCACAAUCGUUGCUGCCGUCGAGGCGCUCAAGACCCAGCGCGACAUGUACGGCGCGUUCCGGGACCUGUUCCACCGACACUCGCGGCUGUCGCGCGACUCGGUCGACACUCUACGGAAGCGAAUCGAGGGGCUGCAGGGCAAGAUCGAGAAGACGAGGCAGGCGCAGAAGCCGGGGUACGAGGCCGAAGUGGAGAAGCUCGUCAUUGCGAUCGAUCAAGACAACACGACCAUUGACAACCUCCUCCACCGGCGCGUCUUCAUCCGCGCGUGCAUGUGGCACGAGCUGUCGGUCGUGUUCCACACGCGGCAGGCGGCAGCGGCCACGCUCGGUUGGCGCGCGUGGGCAAACGGAGAGCACGAGGCCGCAGGGGCCGAGACGCGCGUGUGGGAGCGGCUUAUCGAGGACCUCGAGCGCAUGCCGACGGAUUAAGCGUGCUGUCAAGCACAAACAACAACGGAGCACAUUCAUUUAGCGGGGGGAGCGCAUUGGAGGCGACGAUGACGAAACACAUUUCUUGGCUGUUGUUCACUUCACAGGCGUUAGUAUGCAUGGUAGUAG